AAACCGGGAAAGCCAGCAGCCCGGCAACAGCAGCAGCAGCACCGCCACCACCAGCCCGCAGCGCUCGCCCGCCGCCGCCGGCCCGCGGGAGCAACCGGCCGCCGCCAAGAGCUCCGGGACGCCCCGCCGCCCACCAGAUAGAUGUGCGGUCCCGCCGCCCGCACGGCCGACGAUGAACGCGCAGCUGGCGAUGGAGAACAUCGGCGAUCUGCACGGGGUGAGCCAUGAGCCGGUGCCCGCCGCCGCCGACCUGAUGAGCGGCAGCCCCCACCACCGGAGCGCGGUGGCCCACCGCGGCAGCCACCUGCCGGCCCACCCGCGCUCCAUGGGCAUGGCGUCCAUCCUCGACGGCGGCGACUACCACCACCACCACCGGCCGCCCGAGCACGCGCUGACCGGCCCCCUGCACCCCACCAUGACCAUGGCCUGCGAGACACCCCCCGGCAUGAGCAUGAGCAGCACCUACACCACGUUAACCCCUCUGCAGCCUCUACCUCCCAUCUCGACGGUCUCGGACAAGUUCCCUCACCACCACCACCAUCAUCACCACCAUCACCAUCCCCACCAGCGGAUACCGGGCAACGUGAGCGGCAGCUUCACGCUCAUGCGGGACGAGAGGGGUCUGGCGUCUAUGAACAAUCUCUACACCCCCUACCACAAGGAUGUUACCGGCAUGGGGCAGAGCCUCUCUCCGUUGUCUGGAUCGGGCCUGGGGAGCAUCCACAACUCCCAGCAAGGGCUGCCCCACUACGCUCAUCCCAGUGCCACCAUGCCCGCCGAGAAAAUGCUCACCCCAAACGGAUUUGAAGCCCACCACCCUGCCAUGUUAGCCAGGCAUGGCGACCAACACCUCACCCCCACCUCCGCUGGCAUGGUGCCUAUCAACGGGAUCCCACACCACCCCCAUGCCCACUUGAAUGCCCAGAGCCACGGGCAGAUCCUGGGCUCUGCCAGGGAGCAAAACCCUUCUGUAACUGGUUCGCAGGUCAACAGUGGAAGUAAUUCAGGGCAAAUGGAAGAAAUCAAUACCAAAGAAGUAGCUCAGAGGAUCACCACCGAGCUCAAGCGGUACAGCAUCCCCCAGGCUAUCUUCGCCCAGAGGGUGCUGUGCCGCUCUCAAGGGACGCUCUCAGACCUGCUGAGGAACCCCAAGCCCUGGAGCAAGCUCAAAUCCGGCCGGGAGACCUUCCGCAGAAUGUGGAAGUGGCUCCAGGAGCCGGAGUUUCAGCGGAUGUCUGCUCUGCGGCUGGCAGCGUGCAAGAGGAAAGAACAGGAACACGGGAAGGAUAGAGGGAAUACACCCAAAAAGCCUCGGUUGGUCUUCACUGAUGUCCAGCGUCGAACUCUACAUGCAAUAUUCAAGGAAAAUAAGCGUCCGUCCAAAGAGUUACAAAUCACCAUUUCCCAGCAGCUCGGGUUGGAGCUGAGCACCGUCAGCAACUUUUUCAUGAAUGCACGGAGGAGGAGUCUGGAUAAGUGGCAAGACGAGGGCAGCUCCAAUUCAGGCAACUCAUCUUCUUCAUCAAGCACUUGUACCAAAGCAUGAAGGAAUAACCACGAACUAAAACCUCGGUGGAAAAGCUUUAAAAAUAAAUAAAUAAAUAAAUAAAGACAGACCAGGACCUCAAAAUAGCAGGUUUAUACUUAAAACUAUUUGAAAAAAAAAUAUUUAUAAGUCCAAAGAAACCAAAGACUUAUUUCACCUGCAUUAUGACUUUGUUCUAAGACACACACUUUAGUGGGAUGACGACUUGCAAAAAACAGAGAGGAAGAAGAAAACGAAAUGGAGGGAACGGAACGGAAAGCAAAGAGAAGAGGAACGGACCACUGGUCUUACACCUUUGCCCAUUAUCAUCUUCACCGUACUUGGCUGUUUAGUGGUUUGGAGCAUAGUGAUUUCCUGUCAUUGAACAGACAUCUCUUUGGAUACAGCUCUUCACGUCCGCAGCAGUUGCCAUGGAGGUGCUCGGUGUAUCCGUACUGCGUACACGCCAGUGGGUAGGGACUUAGGGCUGGUCUCCAGAGAGGGCUGUGCCAGGGCACGGCCGACAAAGCGUGGAGUCGUCUGAAUUCCUUGGAACGGUAGUGUGAUUUUUGCUGUUUCACAGUUUGAACUUGGCUGGUGCAAUGCCUCAAAACAAGUUCAAACUAGGCAAAGAAAUUUUGAAUGGUACCUAAACCAGUGCAUUCUCUUUGUUUGUUAAGGAAUGUUCAGAUUUAAAAAAGGAAAACUAUUCCAUCCAUAAAAAAAUCGACUAGCUACCAAAGAACACAUUUAAUAAUUGUAUUGCAGGUAUUUUAUUGCAAUGAUUUUAAUAUUCCAAAGCUAUUUUUACACAAAUACUAUGUAGAGUUAUAGGUAUAAACUAAUCUAACUGUAUAACACAUAAAACUUGUAAUCAAGACUGUUAUUUGCAAUUAGUAAAACCACAUUAUUGUUUCUUUCUGUGAUUGGCAAGAAAGAAUGUCACCCGAGGAGAUCACAGCCCCUGGCAGAGCACGGGAACCGAGAACGGGAUGCUGCUUCCAUUGAACUCAGUGAGCCCUUUCCUCACUGACUUCAACGGGAGCACAGGAAGGAGCCACGUGUUAGAGCCGUGUGUGACACUGUGUGUGACACUGUGUGUGACACUGUGUGUGACACUGUGUGUGACGCUGUCCCCGGGCGCUGUCCCGGGCUGGAGCCCGGCGCAGCCCGGGCGCUGUGUUCCAGAGCGGCUCAGCUCUGCCAUCUAGCCUGCGGACAGGAGACCUGAGGCACUCAGGAUGCAAAAAUGAAACGAAUUGGGGGAUGCAAAACCACAGGGCUCAGCGUCUGAUCAAUACUCAUUGACAUUAGUGAGCUUUUUUUUACCUAUCGACUUUACCAGGCAAAGGAAUAGUAACAGCUUUGAUGGCCCGUGGUCUUUUCCUACUGGAAACAGUGGUACAACAUCAGUUAAUGUGGAAGGAGCUCCAAGAGGAGCUCCAGUAGUGCUUUUGGAAGGAGGAAUUGUGAUCUCUCUGAAGUCAAGAGCAAAAUUCCCAUGACACCAAGAUACAGCCCGAUGUUUUGUGGCUUUGUAUCUCUGUGUCGCAGGCUGAGCUUUUGUCCCAUGCAUUCUUUCUUGCUCAUCUAUUAGUCAGGAUAAUGCAUGAAAUAGUUUGAAGUUUGUAGCUGAAAAGCUUUAAAUGCUCUGUUGCUAACAGACCCAUAGGAGAGAAAUCAUCCCAUUCCUACUCUGAUAAAAUUAAAGAAAAAAGCGUGAAAUAUCUGCAUAUUAAAUUUUAAUGUAAAGGGAAAAUAGACUUUAAAAACGAUACAUGUGCCUGUUAGAUUUCUAACUGGUAUUUCAAAUUACUGUAGUAAUUAUGCUAGGUAUAAUAAAUUCAAAAAUAACCAAAUAUGCAGGUAUAGGCCCAAAGCAAGGACUAGAAAUAGGUAAUCUUACUUCCAACCUUUUUGUUUUUAAGGAAAAGAAAAAAAAGACAAAAGAAAAUUCAAGGUAAACUAGAAUGCAAACACUAUAAACAGUAGCAGAUACUGGUUUGGGGGAUGAAACCCACUCAAAAUACCAGUGACACCAAAGCAGAGCAACUUUUGUAGCACCAGUUGUUUCCCAAGAGGACAGCGUCUAGUCAAGGUUCAGGGUAUUCAGUUUGUUUCCACCCAGUAUUUAGAAUACAGGUGAAAUAGCUCUUUAUUAAAAUAAAGUUAAAUAAACCAAAUAUUUUUGGCACUGAAUAUUUCUCUGUAUUUCAGUAUGUUAAACCCACUUUAAGGCCGACAAGGCAAUUAUCUAUGAAAAUGGCAUCUAAUCUGGAUGUUUUUUGAGUCUCUAGCUUACCUUAAAUUUUAGCAAGCUUUCUUUUGAAGUGUUCCAUCCCCAUGGAGACAUAACUGACAUGGAAACAUUGAUAAGCUCACAUAUAAAGUACCUUAUGAAUGCAGUCUCAUUAGUGUAAGGUUAAUAAAGGACAGUGAUAACUAA